UUCAAAAAAUCUUCAAGUUUACUCAACAAACAUGAACAAAUACUUUUAUUUCUACUCAAUUUUUAUCGUUAUUAUCUGUGCUAUUAUGAUUCCAGAAGUAGUUUCAUCUUCGAGUGAAUCCACCGGAGUUAAAGAUCGCGUUAGCGACAAGUUUAAGGCUUGUUGUGAGGAAAAGAAUGUUAGCUGUUCUGAAGUUUGCUCGUAUCCACCUCCGGACUUUACUUUAUUUGAACAAUGGUGUCUGGCAAGCUGCAAUUCAGAUUUUAUUUCCUGUUACACUGGAGGAAAUAACAAUACAAAGUGCUGUGCGGAGCAUGGAGUUGUUGGUUUAUAUGGGGUCUGCCAGGACUUUUGCGACGGAACUUCCUAUCAUGGAUGGGAUCCUCGCUAUCUUGUUUGUGGAGCUGUCAAAAAUAUCAUUUCAAAAUGCAAUAAGGAUUCGAUAAAGAAUCGGACUUAUAAAAAAUAA